CUAUCACUGUUGGGAUUUAACAUUCGCAGUUCAGUGCAGCAUAACCAUACACCUCGAAAUGGCAGCUAAGUUCGUCGUCCUCGCUCUAUUGGUAGCUGCCGCCCAAGGCAGUGCCAUCCAUGGAGGUGACUACUCCAGCUUCUCCUAUGGAGUAGCAGACCCCCAUACCGGUGAUGUCAAGAGCCAGCACGAGACCCGCCACGGUGACAACGUGGUCGGCCAGUACUCUCUGCUGGAAUCUGAUGGCACCCGCCGGACAGUAGAUUACGCUGCUGACGCCCACAACGGUUUCAACGCUAUCGUACGCAAGGACCCAGCUCUCAUCGGACACGUUGCCCACGCCGCUCCAGUCGUGGCCGCCCCAAUCGCCCACGCUGCUCCCUUGGCUUACGCUGCCCAUGCUGCCCCAGUUGCGGUUGCUGGACCCUCCGUGUCAUACUCUUCACACUCUACCUCAGUGAAUCACGGAGGAGUAGCUGUCGCCGCUCCUCUUGCCUACGCUGCUCCCUUAGCCCAUGGCGCCUACGCUGCCCCCUUAGCCCAUGGUGCCUACGCUGCCCCCUUAGCCCACGGUGCCUACGCUGCCCCCUUAGCCCACGGUGCCUACGCUGCCCCCUUAGCGCAUGGUGCCUACGCUGCCCCAUUAGCGCAUGGAUACGGUGGUCUUGCCCACGGUGCCGCAUACGGCGCUCAUGGUCUCGGCUUACAUUACUAGAUUACUGACCUAGGAACAAAUUAAUCUGUCUGUGUAUUUAAUUUUUCUGACAAUGACUUCUGAUGAUGUUAUGAAUGCUACUGCUGUGAUGUGAAAUAAAUAUGUAAAGAUUUAUAGUUUACAGAA